GUCCUAAUUUGGGUCACCAUAGGUGAGCUGGAGUGUCUGUGGACGAGAGGCAGUGUACACCGUACCACCGUAGACCGUAUUUUCCAGAACAAAAUACUUAAAAAAAACUACAAUUACUGUGAUAUCAUGUUUUGGGGGAAAUGUGUUUUAUUGUGGUGACAUCCGGAUAUGUGUGUCUUUAUUUUCCAAAGACUAAGAGGAAGUGUGUUCCUAAGCUUUUCGCUAGCUUAACGGCAGCUUGCCUCAGCACACAUCAACAAACUCUCGAUGUGUCCGCUGUGUACGGCGUCGAAUAAUGAGGAGUCGCCCACGUAAACAUUCUCAAAAGUCUCGAGUUCGCCGAUUAAGACUUCUUUAAAAUCCGAAGAACAGACGAGGCCUGAACCUGGAGUUUCGGGAGACCACCAGCUGCCCCCCGCCAGACACUUUACCAUCGUCCAUAGUUGAAGGAGAUCCGCUCGCCGCGUCGGAAGGAUGCUUUCGUGAGGCCUUCGAAGUCGGCGCGUCGUUGACAGAAGCCCCGAGGCCAACUUGCAUCCAGGAUGGCGCUGGUUCAGACUCCACCGAUUCCCGUUGAGCCUCACGACCCGGGUCACAGCACACGCUCCCGCAGAAGACACCGCUCGGGACCCUCGCCUCCCAUCACUGCCCCGAUGGCCACCGCUACGCAUCUCACAGCCCGUCCCGGUAUCGACGUACGAGUCCGACGGGGAACCUCCUUACCGGGCUCAGAGUCUCCUCAGGAGUGCUUCUUGCACAACCGCAGCCCUCCGGGACUGAGGACGUCCAACAGGGGACGGGAGAAGUGGAACUAUGUGGACGACUGGAAUGACCACCAUAUAGCACCCGCCAGCCCGAUGAGAUACCAAGACAAGAUGACAGAGGGCUUGAAUGGAAACGUGGGGGGACCUCCGCCAAAACUCAUACCGGUCUCAGGAAAACUGGAGAAGAAGAUGGAGAAAACGGUGCUGCGGCCCACCGCCUUCAAACCCGUGGUCCCAAAGAGUCGGGGCGCCAUGCAGUACCUGUCCCCCCGUCACAGCGCCAACGUACCGGAGAGCCAAAACGGCCCGCUGGGCGGCGCUCAUCGGGAGCUGUCGCCCUCCGGCUCGGAGAGGCGCAGCUCUUACAGUGCGGGGCGGAGCGGCGGCGGAAGCAGCGGCCACUCCUGCUCGCUGUCCGACUCGGGACGCAACUCGCUCUCCAGUCUGGUGGCGGGAGAGGGAAUGGCGGGGGGUCACCCAGAGGGGACCAAAAGCACCCCCUCCACGGGGGUCAACGGACACUCCAACUCGGACAGUGGUCGCUCGUCCUCCAGCAAGAGCACCGGGUCAGUAGGCGGGCGGGGUCAGCCGCUGUCAGACUGCGGGUCUGGUGGGCGCUCGCCAGGGGCGGCGGACAGCUACGAGAGCAUCAUCAGGGACCUCGAGGACAAGUUGAGGGAGAGAGAGGCGGAGCUUCAGCUCCUCCGAGACAACCUGGAAGACAAUGAGGCUGCCAUCUGUCAGGUCUACGAGGAGAAGCAGAAGCGGUUCGAGUUGGAUCUGGAGGAGCUGCGGCAGAGCUGCGCCACCAGGAUGCAGGCGGCUUCCCAGAAGGCGCAGCGAGCCCAGCAGGUGCUCCAGAUGCAGGUUCAUCAGCUGCAGCAGGAGAAGAAGAAGCUGCAGGAGGACUUCGCCCAGCUCCUGAAGGAGCGAGAGCAGCUGGAGGAGCGCUGCACCUCCUACGAACAGGAUAAAAUCCAGCUGGGCCCACGACUGGAGGAGACCAAAUGGGAGGUUUGCCAAAAGUCAGGCGAGAUCUCACUACUGAAGCAGCAGCUGAAGGAGGCGCAGGUAGAGCUGACCCAACGGGUGGGCGAGGUCGCGUCCCUGCGCGGGCAACUGCGCGACGCACGCGGCGAGGUGGGCGGCGCCCAGGCCCUCCUGCUGGAAGCAGGCAACGUCGCUCGGUCCCGCGCCGCCGAGCUGGAGGUGUGCGAGAACGAGCUGCAGCGGCGCAAGAGCGAGGCCGACCUGCUGCGGGAGAAGGCGGCGCGAUUGGAGGGCGAGCUGGCGCGCCUGCGGGAACCCGACGGAGAGCGCGACGCCCUGCGGGGCCUGGCCGAGCGCCUGCGGGGCGAGCUGGCUCUGGAGCGGCAGCGGGCCGAGCGGCAGGCGAGCGGAUUCGAGGACGAGCGGCGGACGUGGCAGGAGGAGAAGGACAAGGUGCUGCGCUAUCAGCAGCAGCUGCAGCAGAACUACAUGAGCAUGUACCGGAACAACCGGCAGCUGGAGCUCCUCCUGAGGGACCUCAGCCAGGAGCUCGAGAGCCGCGACGACGACGACAGCGGCAACGAGAUAGUCUUCGACGAGGUCGCGGCCACAGCAAUUUGACUUAGUUUUCGUUGACCUCACAGGCAGUAGUCUGGAUCUCAGACGACCUUGUCAGCUUUGUCCGUCACGUUACCAGACGUGUGGAAGGCGUCUGAAAAACGAACCAGUGACGAUAGCUGCUAGCUUUACAAAAAUCUAAAAACUACUGUAGUCGAGUCUCUUCGUGUGCUUCCGUACUUGAAUAGAACAACAGCAUAAUCUUCCACUACAGGGGUAGGCAAACUGCGGCCCGAGGGCCACACACGGCCUGCAUCAUUUUCCAAACUACAGACCAUUUUCCAUUAUGAAAAGUCAUGCAAAAUGUUGCCCUUUUUUUCCCUCGAUUAAUUAGAGCUUGUGUAAACAUUUUACAAGCCCCCACCCUCGAGUGCCCGAGAAAAGACAACGACAAGGACGACUUUGGGUUCCUUUCCACUUGUAAAUAAUUCUGAGUGCACUUGUCACUGUGAAUAGACCAAAGAAAUGUUGCCACAUGGCCUGUUUGUCAGGCUUCCGCAGCACAUAUAUGGAGAUAAAUGAAUAUUUUCGCCUUUGCUGUACAUUUUGUGCUCAUUAAAGGUUGCACUGGAUUGUGA